CCACAUAUUUUCAUUGUUUUGUUGCAGAAGAUGCAUAUAAGUUAGUUUAAAAUGUUUUCAAAGCGGGUGUAGUCACAGAGGCGCAGUGUUGAAUACGUUUCAUUGAUUUUAAGCAUAAACCUGUAAGUUGGAGGAGGAGUGGAGAGGUUGCCGUGUGUGGGUUGCUGAGGACCAUGUGGUUUGUUUGGUGCGAAUGAAUGUUAGCAGAGGCCGUGUGGUGACCGUGUUCUUGAUGUGGCAGUGCUUUGAGAGUACUUGUCAAAAAAAAUCUGUGAACAUCCGUGAAUGUCUCUAAUACAGGCUGAAAUCCACAUGUUGAGGAGUGGUUCUGUUUCAUGCAAAUGGGCCAUUGCAGCUGUCCAGAAAAUGUAUGUGUGGCGCGCUCCUCAGCAGGUCUCCAGGGAAGAUCAUUGUAAAGAUCGUCACAGCGUUCACAGUUCACACCUGCAGUGUUAUGUUGGCAGUCACACUGAGGGCUCACCUGCAGUACACGUGACUUUUACUGCAUGAGGCAAGGACAUUUUGUGACACAAGCUCUGGACAUCAGCCCAGGAGCUGCACAAGGGCACGUCUGCACUGGCUGCCUCAUGAAUAUUGACAAAGUGCCACAGGAUGGGUGGAGACAUCGUAGAUAUAAAUGACCACAGUAUUGAGACAAACUCAGUUCCUCAUAAAGUCAUGCAAGUCAUGAAUAAGAUGAACAUCUCGUCGACAUCAACACCAAUGAUCCAAAAACAGUGUCCGGACACCUCUUGCAUAUCAUCUGAAGAGCCGCUGGAAAUGGAACGCAUGCAUGAGUGGAUACUCUUUGCCAAAGAAAUGCUCAGUCAGAAACCCAGUCGGCGUCUGCUCAAGGUCUACUUAAUUGGCUCUGUGUUUGCUAUACUGGGGACUGUCAUCGGAAUGGUUGAGAUGGUGUCUCACUCGCUCUCAUCAAGAGAGCUGAUGGACGCAGAGAUGGUCCUCAUGAUGGCGCAGGAGCAGAGCACUGUUGCAACCAUGCCAGAAUGCAAUGUCAAUCUGCCGGCGAAAAAGGAGGAACAGGAAAAGGAUACGAUCAAGAUGAUGACUGACAUGACUUUCUCCAAGGUCCAAAGUCAAAGAAGCUUGUCCCAUCGGCUCCAUGCUUCAAGAAGCUAACUUUUUGAUCUGAGACUGCUGCUGAACAACGCUGUUGUGCAAUACAUGAAUGAAAAGACUAUAUGAGCUUCAAGUGCUGUUUUUACACUUGAAUCAUAGCUCACUGAACAGUUCAUUUAUGUACAUUCUAAAUGCCAUCUUUUAUCCCUUGCACAAGCACUUUUCAUGUUAAGACUCUGGGUUAUUAUAAACCCAGAAUAAAUGGAUUGUUUUAUUUGAGAAAGGUUAACUGCCAUCUGUCAACUCUAAGCAGCCAUAUAGCACCCCGUCGUGGUGUUAGUUUGACUUGUAGCCCACAUUACAAAUCUAGAAAUUCCUCAACGUUUUUGUACUCCUCAAUAAAAUAUAUUUUAUAUUUGAAAUUAGAA